AUGGCACCUGGUGUACUUAACUCGGACGGCUCAAUGGACGACCAAAACGGACAGACUGCUGCCCCCCCGAACGGGCUGGCCGGCACCGCUGCUGGUCGUCUUCAUGCUAUCGAUCCCACCGUAGACACCCUCACCCUCCUGCGCAGCUUGCCUGAGCCUCCCAUAGAGGCCCAGGUGUGUGUAGUUGGUGCUGGCCCCGCCGGUCUGAUGCUGGCUGCCAACCUUGGCCGUUUUGGAAUCAAGGUUGAGCUCAUUGAUGAUAGAGCUGACCAGACGCCUGUUGGAAGAGCAGACGGACUGCAGCCCAAGACGAUCGAGACCUUCCGUCAAAUGCGCCUCGCUGACCCUUUGCUCCUCCGCGGUGUUCGUGUUUACGAUAUUUCCUUCUGGCGAAGCACUGCCGACGAGCCGCUGCAUAGAUUGGGCCGCGAGGUUCACUACCCUCCCGUCAUUGACGUCCUCGACCCCUAUAUUUUGCUCGUUCACCAGGGUAUGGUUGAAGGACUCUUCAUCGAUGACUUGAAGAAGCGCGGGGUUGAGGUACGGAGGAAUACGGCAUUCGAGUCCUACAGCGUUCCGGAGAACAAGGCGGGGCCCCUACAAGUCAAUUGUCGCACGAACGUGACCCAAGACCGGCGGACAAUUCUUACACAGUACUUGGUUGGAUGUGACGGUGCCCACUCCAAAGUACGAAAAAGCAUUCCUGAUGCGCGGGCUAUUGGUCUUUCGCAACCAGCAAUCUGGGGUGUUCUCGAUGGCGAGCUCAUUACCGAUUUCCCCGAUAUUUGGUCCAAGACGCUAGUGUAUUCCCAGGAAUACGGUUCUAUUCUGAUUAUCCCGAGAGAGAGGAAUAUGACCCGUUUCUACAUUGAGCUUAAGGCGAACCCCAAGGCAGAUAAGCGAGAGCUUGGCCAGGAGUUCGUCAUGGCUCGAGCGAAGAAGAUCAUGGCGCCUUUCGAGGUCGACUGGAAGUACAUUGAGUGGUUCGGACGUUACCAGAUUGGUCAGAGAGUGGCCAGUCGGUUCACCGACCCCCAUCUGAGGGCGUUCCUCGCUGGAGACGCCAGUCACACGCACUCCCCAAAGUCUGCUCAGGGCAUGAACACCUCUAUGCACGACUCGUGGAACAUUGCGUGGAAGCUCAACUUGACUAUUCGAGGACUCGCGAAGCAAUGCCUGCUCGAGAGCUACGAAGAAGAGCGAAGAAAAAUCGCUGUUGACCUGGUCAACUUCGACUACGAGCACGCUAAUCAGAUUGCUGGAGGUGACGCGGUAGCACUGUCAGAAAACUUCAAGACGAACGUCCGUUUCAUUUCUGGUAUUGGUGCCGAGUACUCUGAGAGCCCCCUGAACAGGCCCGACCCUCAAGGCCUUAUUAUGGGAGAUGCCCGACCUGGCUGCUUGCUUCCUCCGGCCAAGGUCACCAGAUACAUCGACUCAAAUCCUGUUGAUAUUCAGCUCGAUAUCCCCAUGCUCGGACAGUUCCGCAUCUACCUCUUGAUGUGGGACAUCCAGGCGUCGAGCCCUUUCCUGGAGACUUUCUGCCAAUCCAUCGCCUCGGCCAACUCUUUCAUCAGCAAGCUCUCGGCCUCAGCUAGUGCUUCUUACGCUGCGCAGCCCAGACUGCCAUCGUCUGAAGACAUCUACUACCGGCCCGAGAGAUACACGGCCGUCAGCCAUCUGUUCACAUUUGCCUUGAUUACCCUAGCUACGAUGCCCAAGGAUGAUGUAGAGAUUUCGGACCUGCCGGCCCUCCUACAGGACAGCCGCUGGACGUUCUACCUGGACGACAUUCCAGAACAGGACACGCGUGGCCAGCUCUGUACCAACAAGUGGCUUGGUAGCCUCGGCCCCGGCGAGGUUUCCAUUGUUAACGUAAGACCUGACGGCUAUGUUGGUUCCGUCGGCCGAUGGGAUUCGAGCAUGGAUGACGCCGGCGAGGAGGCUGCCCGCUGGCUAGACGAAUACUACGGCGGUUUCCUCCAACUGCCCGGCGGCGCAUCGCCUUCCGCCACCCCCACCCCAAUGGCAGUUUAGACGCAGAUUUUCUUAAUUUUGAGUCCGACUCAGGAACAUUCACUCGGGCGUAUUUGUACCAUACAAAUCCCACUUCACACGACAAACGCGAACACAUAAUCCACAACCUGAAAGACAUCAGGCAUGCAAGCAAAGACGCAGACAUGAAAUCAUCACUUUCUCUCUUCCAACUUAUCCGGCAGGUGUUGGGGAGUGUGGCGGCGGUACGGUUGUUAUCACGGCAUUUUCAGGAGCUUAAGGGGACGGUCA